AUUUGUAAGAUGUUUAAGCCUGUGAUGGAAGACAUUAUUGACUGUUGUGUGAAUAUUGCCCAGAAAUAUUAAAGCAGAAGCACACAUUUUAGAGUGUGGGGAGGUGUGACACCCCCACCCCAUCUUUUACCAAAUAUGUCUUAAAAGUCGGUCUCAAAAUGUGUAUGGGGCAUCAAAAAGACGGUCUGACUAAAAUUUGAAAUACGGUAACGUUUUGUAUGGAAAACGGCGAACAGAUGUGUCUUUUGUUUUGAGAAUGGAAAUUACAUAAAACAACGAAAAUUGUUUACAACUGUUUAGGUCAAACAUAGAUAUUAAUCAUGUCAUACUAGCACCGAAAAAUAAACUUUCGUGCCGCAACAGUCAAUCACAACUAUCAGAUUACACCUAGUCAUCAAGGCAGCCUUGGAAAUAUUUAGUUCUCUUUCAAAAAAUGUUUUGGGUUAUUUAUAGUUCAGACAUUGACGAAUGUUUGUAUGUAUCUGCCAAAGUAUGUCACACAAAUGCAAGUUGUAUUAAUACGAAUGGUUCAUACAACUGCACGUGUCUCACUGGGUAUUCAGGAAACGGAAAGAAUUGUUCUGACAUUAACGAAUGUUCAAAUGUAUCUGCCAAAGUAAAGUCACACAAAUGCAAGUGGCAACACUACGAAUUAAUGGUUCAUACAACUGCACGUGUCUCUCUGGAUAUUCAGGAAACGGAACGAACUGCACAGACAUGGACGAAUGUUCUAAUGUAUCAGCUAGUGUGACGAAAACGAAAUAUGUACAAAC